AUGCCCACCACUACGCGAGCUGCUGCGAAGGCCACUGCUGGGGGAUCCCAGGACAUUUGCGAGAGAUGCAAAGCUCCUCAUCACGUAGCAGAAAUGGUAGCCUGUGACCGAUGUCGACGUAGGUACCAUUGUGCGUGUGCGGAGGUGGCGGAGAGCUUCAACGGUAAGUGGACAUGCAAGGAUUGUACUUCCAUAGUGACGAUCAGUGGAGCCUCGAUUUCGGGAAGAACCAGUAGCACAUCUCGGUCAACACGGGUUCAGCUACAACUCAUGCGACUGGAGGAGGAGAAAAGGGCCCAGGAGAAGCUGAUCCAGGAACAGCAGGAGCAGGAUCGUAUCCUGCAGGAGAAGGCUCGGGCCGCGAAAGCUGCGCUAGAUAAAAGGUAUCUCGACGAGAAGUAUGCCCUGCUUCUAGCUGAUGCUGAAGACGACGAUGCUGGGAGCCACAGGAGUCGUCGCAGCCGUUCGAGCAGGAACAGUCAGGUGAGAAUGUGGAUCGACGGACUGGAUGAAGCUGCCGGGGGAAAUCCAAUCCCACAGCACGUAGAGGACAUUUUCCCGCCGAUUACGAUUGGCAGUGAGGUCAACGUACCCGUCGGCGGAAUACUCGCGAAAUAUACAGGAGCAGUUCGUAAAAUUCCACCAAACCCAUCGGUAGUUGGGACAAGCGAUGAAAAUCAACAACGAUCGUCCAGGCCGGCAAUCGACUGGCUCGCCGAUAACGUUGGUACUGAGGGUAUGAGUACCUCAGCCGGUAUGAAGAACCCGAUCACAGCGUCCACUCCGAUUCGAUUGGAUGGUGUAGGUAGGCAACCGACCACACGAAGCGUACUACAAACGCAAUCAUCGUUGUACAUACAACCAGUGUUUACACAGCCAGUGUAUACACAGUCGGUGAUUGCACAACCUAUGCAACCUCCACCCGUUCGGCCGAAGCUCGUACCACGACCGCCACUUCCAACGUUCUUGUUUCAAGAACCAAUUUCAAGGCCAUCAGCUGAUCACGUACGUUCGUCGCUCCCACCGAUAAGUGAGUCACCGCUGCUACAGUCGAGAGUCGGACAGCGUACACAGAUGCCCUCAUCGAAUUCAGUACCACAACAGCCACACACAUCUCGAGCGUUUGUAUCGCCACCGUCGCAGCAACCGCAGGUAGUGCAGUCGUCGGUUGAUGCUUCCAUCCAGUUAGCAGAGCAAAUAUCGAGCAUGCAACUACCACCAACGACACGGGCGUCGUUCUCUCAGCUGUCGUCUCGGCAGCCACGCACACUUGCGUCGGUGAUGUGUGAUCAGUUAGUGGAACAAUCGCAGCCUCCAUCUGUGUUGCGAGAAUCAAUUUCGUACACCCCGCAACCACAGCAUCCAUCCGAUCCGGAGAGAUUGGCAUCGCGAUCACCGGUCCAGCAGACGACGUCGUCAGUAUCGCUACAACAACAGAGCGAGCAACAUGCUGCCCAACUGCAGCAGAUACAUGAUCAGCAAUCGAUGUGGGGACAAUUCCAGCAGCAGUUGUCGGCCAGACAAGUGGUGCCGAAGGAGCUUCCAGUUUUUACUGGCUGCCCCGAAGAAUGGCCACUUUUUAUUAGCAGCUUCUGUAAUUCCACAGCGAUGUGUGGAUAUUCUCAAGCUGAGAAUUUAAUGCGACUGCAAAAAUGCCUUAAAGGCAGAGCAUUAGAGGCUGUUCGGAGUAACCUUUUGCUGCCAUCUUCGGUCCCGAAAGUGAUGGAAACACUUGAAACAUUGUUCGGGAGCCCAGAGCGACUAGUCCAGUCGCUGCUCAACAAAGUGCGCGGCGUUCCUACUCCGAAGGCUGAAAGGCUCGAGAGCCUGGUGAAUUUCGGCUUGGUCGUGCAAAACCUAGUCGGUCAUUUGAAGGCUGCCAACCAGCAAGCCCAUCUGUCCAAUCCAACUUUACUGCAGGAGCUGGUGGAUAAGUUGCCACCACACCUUCGACUGGACUGGGCAUUAUUCAAAAGGAACUGUGGUGUCGUCGAUUUGGGAACGUUCUGCGACUACAUGAGUGCCAUCACGUCAGCAGCGAGUGAUGUGGCCCACUUCACGGAUUUUGACGGACCUCGCGCUGUUGGAAACGAGAAACCGAGGAGGGAGAAGGCCUACAUCAACGCUCAUGUGUCGGCCGAACCACGGAGAUUCGAGCAGCAUGGAAAGAAAGUGGAUACCCAAGAGAGACCUUGCUAUGUCUGCCAGAGCGUGAAGCACCGAAUAAGGGACUGCAACAAGUUCAAGUCCAUGUCGUUCGGGGAUCGCAUGAAGGCGGUGGAAAAUCACCAACUUUGCUUGGUUUGUCUGGUGCCACAUGGAAAAUGGUCUUGCAAAUCCACUCGUACCUGUGGAAUUGGAGACUGCUCAAAAAAACAUCAUCCAGCGCUGCACCCAAGUCAACAAUUGGCGGCUAAACCAACGACUUCCGAGAAUUCUGCUGCGCGGUCAAAAACCGAUGCCGUUGUGAACAUCCAUCGUUGGAAUCACAAAACUACGAUUUUCCGUAUAGUACCAGUGGUAUUGCACGGAAAAGAAGCCAAGAUUUCCACCUUUGCGUUCCUCGACGAAGGCUCAUCAUCUACACUGAUUGACCAGGAGGUAGCUGACCUGUUGAACCUUGAGGGUAAACGGCAACCGCUGUGCCUCACAUGGACUUCGAAGGUUUCCCGUCAUGAAAGUGAUUCUAGGAUGGUUUCACUGCGAAUUUCUGGGAAAGAAGGCAGCGAAAGUUUCCCUCUGUUGGAUGUCAGCACUGUGCGUCAGCUGGAUCUUCCGGUGCAGACACUACAGUACGAUGAAUUGUCGCGUCGGUACACGUAUUUGGCCGGACUUCCGGUUAAAAGCUACAAGGACGCUAUUCCGAGAAUCCUGAUUGGAUUGGACAACAUAAAGCUGUCGUUGCCUAUCAAGAUACGAGAAGGACGGCACAGCGAACCAGUGGCAGCGAAAACUAGGUUGGGAUGGACUGUCUUCGGAAGCACUGACGGCACUAAAGUGGACUUUCGGUCCCCAGUAUUGCACAUCUGCAAGAGCACAGAGGAAACCGACCUACACGACCUGGUGAAAGGUUACUUCGCAAUGGAGAACCUUGGCGUUUCGGUAGCUGAUGGACCAGAAGCAGAAGAAGAUCGACGAGCGAAGGAGAUUCUACGGCGAACGACGAUCAAGCGUGCUGACGGACACUAUGAAACCGGAUUACUGUGGCGGUACGAUUCAGUGGAGUUACCAUCGAGCUACGGCAUGGCUGAACGUCGUUUGCUUUGCCUGGAGCGGAAGCUGAGAUCUAAUCCAGAACUGCAAGCGAGCUUGGAAAGGCAAAUUUCCGAAUACCAGGAUAAAGGCUAUGCUCACAAAGCAACGCCUCAGGAGUUGGCAAAUAGUGAUCCACACCGUACAUGGUAUCUCCCACUAGGAGUGGUAACGAACCCACGCAAGCCAGGGAAAGUGCGUAUUAUCUGGGACGCGGCCGCCAAGGCAAAUGGCGUGUCUCUCAAUGAUGUUCUGUUAAAGGGCCCAGACCUUCUUACGUCGUUGGCAGGGGUAUUGUGCCGCUUUCGUCAGCGAGAAGUGGCGGUUGCGGGUGACAUCCGCGAAAUGUAUCACCAGCUGAAGAUACGAAAGGAGGACUGUCAGGCACAGCGCUUUCUCUACCGAAGCGACCCGUCUCAGAAACCGGACGUUUUUGUGAUGGAUGUAGCGACCUUCGGCUCGACUUGUUCGCCUUGCUCGGCGAACUUCGUUAAGAACAUAAACGCGCUGAAGUGGAAGGAGGAACAUCCAGAAGCGUCAUCAGCAGUAAUAGAGAAUCACUAUGUGGACGACUACCUGGACAGUCGCGAUACGGAGCAGGACAUGGCAGACUUGGCGUCAGACGUACGGAAGAUUCAGGCGGAGGCUGGAUUCGAGCUACGAAACUGGCGAUCGAAUUCAAAAAAGGUAUUGCAGUCUCUUGGAGAAGAUGCGGCGAUGCCAAUAAAGGAAUUCAGCGCUGACAAGGAAAGUCAGGUGGAGCGUGUUCUAGGAAUGGCGUGGUUACCGGAUGAAGAUGUGUUCGUGUACUACGUCAAGCUGCCGGAGGAAACCGAGCUUUCAAGUUCCUGCAAGGUCAUCACGAAGCGCAAUAUCCUGAGGUUUGUCAUGAGCGUGUUCGACCCGCUCGGAUUGAUUUCGCACCUGCUCGUCCACGGUAAGGUAAUUGUGCAAGAUCUGUGGAGAGCUCAAGUAGGAUGGGAUGACGCUAUCCCAGCAGAAAUACAGCAAAGCUGGGUCCGGUGGAUCGAGCAUCUGUCCAGGUUGGAGAAACUUCGUAUUCCACGAUGCUAUUUUUCUGGAUACGAUCCAGAUAGUUUUCGUUCACUGCAGCUCCAUAUAUUUGUGGAUGCAAGUGAAAGCGCUUUCGCUUGCGUCGCCUAUUUCCGCAUAGUCGAUCGUGGCCAGCCGAGGUGCGCUUUGGUAGCCUCAAAAGCCAAAGUGGCUCCAUUGAAGCCACUGUCAAUCCCACGAUUAGAGCUGCAGGCAGCUGUUAUUGGAAGUAGAAUAGCAAAAUCCGUCGCAGAAUAUCACACGAUGCCCGUAAGUCGCAGGUUCUUCUGGAGCGACUCCAAAACUGUGCUUUCCUGGAUCGGAUCAGACGCCCGGAAGUAUCGGCAGUACGUAGCAGUACGAAUUGGUGAAAUCCUGGAAGAAACUCAGCCUGGUGAGUGGUACUGGGUGCCUACGAAACUCAACGUUGCGGAUGAAGCCACCAAAUGGGGGAAAAGCCCAGCUUUUCAUCAGGACAGUCGAUGGUUCACAGGACCGGACUUUCUCUUCCAGUCGGAGGAUGGGUGGCCACAGCAGCAGAUACCGUUAGCCAACACGGAGGAAGAACUACGAGUCGUGCAUGUGCAUCGAGCAAAGGUAGUAGAGCCGUUCAUCGAAUGCAACCGGUUCUCCAAAUGGGAGCGAAUACUCCGUACCACAGCAUAUGUCUAUUCGUUCAUUGAUCGAUGCCGGGACUUCGGUAAGCAAGGGGCUUCGCAAACCAAACAUGGAUUGACGCAAGAAGACAUGCAGCGAGCAGAGAAAGCUUUGUGGCGGCUUGCUCAAGCCGACGCCUACGCCAAAGAGAUAAACGUCCUGCGGAAACAGCAAGAAUCAGGCGAACAUAGUUCGUUGAAACUCGACAGAAGCAGCACGAUUCGUCAACUAUCACCGUUUUUGGACAAGUUCGGCGUGGUUCGUAUGGCGGGACGAACUGAAGCUUCGCCGGUGGCAAGUUACGAUGCGAAGUUCCCAGUAAUCUUGCCGAAAAAUCAUCGUCUGACUGAACUUCUAAUCGACUGGUAUCACAGAAGAUUCGGCCACCAUAGCAACGAAACUGUGGUCAAUGAAAUUCGUCAGCGCUAUCACGUUUCCACUCUACGGACGGUGGUGCGCAAAGUUACAAAAGGGUGUCAGUGGUGCACAGUGAACAGGGCGCUUCCUGUGGUACCUAGGAUGGCGCCUCUACCGGAAGUACGUGUCACUCCGUUCGUGCGUCCAUUCUCACUGGUCGGCAUCGAUUAUUUCGGCCCAUAUAUGAUUAAAAUUGGCCGAAGUCAGGUGAAGCGUUGGGUGGCACUCUUCACGUGCUUAGCCAUUAGAGCGGUACACCUAGAAAUAGCCGCCUCAUUAUCCACCGAGUCAUGCAAGUUAGCUCUGCGGCGUUUCAUCGCUCGUCGCGGCGCACCAUUGCAAAUCUUCUCCGACCACGGAACAAAUUUCGUCGGCGCCAGUCGAGAGUUGGCUGGUCAAGUAGCGGCUACGAACCAAGAGUUGGCGGAGACUUUCACGGAUGCCAACACCCGUUGGUUUUUUGUCCCACCAUCUUCCCCACACAUGGGUGGUGCCUGGGAACGGAUGGUCAGAGCAGUCAAGGCAGCAAUGGAGUCGAUUAACCAUGCCCGUGCGCCGUCUGAAGAAGUUUUCAUGACAGUAGUGUGUGAAGCAGAGUCAAUGGUUAACUCCAGACCGUUGACAUACGUCCCACUGGAAACAUCGGAUCAGGAGGCUUUGACUCCGAACCAUUUUAUUCUCCUCAGUUCGAAUGGAGUCAAACAGCCGGAGAAAGUCCCCACUACAGAAGGAGAAUCACUUCGAACCGGCUGGAACUUGUGUCGCUUUAUCCUGGAUCAGUUCUGGGUUCGGUGGAUUCGGGAAUAUCUUCCUGACUUGACUCGGCGAACCAAGUGGCACGAAGAGGUCAAGCCUAUACAGGAAGGAGACGUAGUGUUCAUUGUUGGAGAGACGACUCGGAAUCGAUGGCCUCGAGGUAAGGUGGUGAAAGUUAUUCCAGGAAAAGAUGGUCGCAUCAGGCAGGUGGAUGUGCAGACAAGUUCCGGAGUUCUACGCCGUCCAGUGGCAAAGCUCGCUAUAUUGGACGUACUACCAACAGGUAAUCCUGCUGGAUCGGAGCAGCAUUACGGAGAGGGGAAUGUAGCGGGAGACGUUACAGGCGUUAGUGGCACAGAAAAAAUACUCAACAGGGAUCGCUGCUGCACUGACAAACCGCUUGUCACCGAACAACUGUAUUAG